AUGUCAAAUUUGGCAAAGCUCGAGAUCACUGCCCUUGAUAUAUCAGAAAAUAAUUAUAUGAGAUGGGCAGUGGCUGCAAAGAUGCAUUUAAAAGGAAUGCAGCUCUUUGAUACCAUCGAUAAGUCGGAAACAACUUCGGAAGAAAAAAAGAAGUAUGUGAUAUUACCAAAGGCUAGGCAUGAGUGGUUGAACCUCCGGUUUCAAGAUUACAAGAGCAUUGGUGAAUAUGAUUCCGCUCUGUUUGGAAUCACUUCCAAAAUGAUGUUAUGUGGAACUGAACAACAAAACCGGGCAAAAGGAUACAAGAAGUAUUCUGAGUUAAUGCAAGUUCUCCUGGUAGCAGAACAAAAUAAGGAACUCGUGAUGUUAAACCAUCAAUCUCGUCCAACUGGAUCAGCUCCACUCCCAGAAGUGAAUUUUGCAUCAUCAAAUGAUAAUAAUUGGCAACAAGGACGUGGACGCGGCCGUGGUUACAAUCGAGGUCGUGGACGAGGAUAUGGAUAUGGACGUGGACGUGGAUAUGGACGUGGACAUGGACGUGGUAAAAGGUCCCACUCCAAUGACUUCACCAAUGAAAAGAAUAAUAAAAUUCAAAGAAAUGAAGAUGGCCAAGAAAUGAAUAAGCAGUAUGAUAAUACUACUUGCUAUAGAUGUGACAUGAAAGGACAUUGGUUCCGUAGCUGUCGUACACCAAAACAUUUGGCCGAUCUAUAUCAAGAAUCGCAAAAGACCAAAGGAAAAGAAGGUGAAGCUAACUUCAUCCAUGGUGAACCCGGGCCUUCUUUCGAUGGUAUAAGUGAUACACAUCUCGAUAUUGCAGAUUUUAUGGUUGAUCCUGAAGAUAUCAACAAAAAGCAAAAUAACUAA